AUUUUUCAAUUUUAUAUUUCAUCCCUCCCUCCGUUUCUCACUCUUCUUUCUCUCUCUUCGCCCCAAUCCUCACUCUCGAGCAUAAACCCUAGCGCACACAGAACACACAGUGAGAGACCACCAUGAAUUGUUCAAUUUCCGGCGAGGUCCCGGAGGAGCCCGUCGUCUCGAAAACUUCCGGUCUCCUAUUCGAGAAGCGCUUAAUUGAGCGCCACAUUUUGGAUUAUGGAAAGUGUCCAAUUACUGGAGAGCCUUUGACAGUGGAUGAUAUUGUCCCAAUCAAGACUGGAAAGAUAGUGAAGCCCCGACCGGUGCAGGCUGCAAGUAUUCCUGGGAUGCUGGGAAUGUUUCAGAUUGAAUGGGAUGGCUUAAUGCUGUCAAAUUUUGCAUUGGAACAACAAUUACAUACUGCCAGGCAAGAGCUAAGCCAUGCCCUAUAUCAGCAUGAUGCUGCUUGUCGUGUAAUCGCGAGGUUGAAGAAGGAAAGGGAUGAGGCAUGGGCAUUCUUAGCACAGGCUGAAAGACAUGUACCCGCAUCAGAAGCCAUGCCUGAUGCAGUCAAUGCUGCUGCUCUGGCCAAUGGGAAGAGAGCUAUUGAGGAUGGUGAAACGGGCCCAGAUGGCAAAAGAAGUCGCCCAGGAAUCUCAAGUAGUAUCAUUUCUGAACUUACAGAUUGUAAUGCUGUUCUUUCACAACAAAGGAAGCAGCGACAGAUACCUUCAACAUUGGCUCCAGUUGAGGAUGUGGAGAGGUACACUCAGCUCACUGUAAAUCCUCUUCAUCGAACCAACAAACCUGGCAUAUUGGCUAUGGACAUCCUGUACUCCAAGGAUAUAAUUGCGACUGCUGGGGCUGAUUCAAAUGCUGUUGUGUUUGAUAGACCUUCAGGCCAAGUAGUAUCUACUCUUAGUGGCCAUUCAAAGAAGGUUACGAGUAUCAAAUUUGCUGCUGAGGGUGAAGUUGUUGUUACUGGCUCUGCUGAUAAGACAGUUCGUCUAUGGCGAGGAUCCGAAGAUGGAGGUUUUGAGUGUAGCCACACUUUGAAGGAUCAUACUGCUGAGGUGCAAGCUGUUACGGUUCACGCGACCAAUAAAUACUUUGUCACUGCUUCACUCGACAACACAUGGUGUUUUUACGAUCUUGCUUCUGGUUUAUGCCUCGCUCAGGUUGAAGAGGCUUCAGGAUCUUCGGAGGGAGGAUACACUUCUGCUGCUUUUCAUCCCGAUGGUCUCAUCCUUGGAACUGGUACCGCUGGGUCUGUUGUUAAGAUUUGGGAUGUAAAAAGUCAGAACAAUGUCGCGAGGUUUGAUGGGCAUCAAGGGGCAGUAACUGCCAUCUCAUUUUCGGAGAAUGGUUACUUCCUGGCGACUGCAGCUCACGAUGGUGUUAAGCUUUGGGAUCUGCGCAGGUUGAGAAACUUCCGGACUUUGUCUCCUUAUGAUGAAAAUACUGCUACGCAGUCGGUGGAAUUUGACCAUAGUGGAAGUUACCUUGCGCUAGGUGGCUCAGAUAUAAGAGUUUACCAAGUUGCCAACGUCAAAUCUGAUUGGAAUUGCAUCAAAAUAUUACCCGACUUGUCUGGCACAGGUAAAGUAAACUGUGUCAAAUUUGGUGCCGACGCAAAAUACGUUGCUGCUGGAUCAAUGGAUAGAAAUCUCAGAAUAUUCGGGCUGCCAGAGGAGGAUGCUGGUCCAUCAGCAGAGUCUUGAAAGCAAAAACACUCGAAUCUGUAUUUUGCGGUUUAUUUAAUGUCUAUUCUUUCUGCUGCAAUUUGCCGUUUCUGGGUUGUGUUUUCAAAAGGAGUUGGCCAUAGUUGGAAUCCUACGAAGUUUCGUUCAAUCGACAAAAUCCUGGUUUAUUUAGUGAGCUAAAAAUAACACCAACUCGAUGCGGCAUUUUAUUUUCUUGGUUUUGCAAUAGAAAACGUGGUUCUUGUGUAGGAAAAUUCCAUCCUGAAGUAUUUACUGAUGUAGGAUCUCUGCUUUUAGUUGCUAAUAUCAAAUUCUUCUAUAUGUUCAGACCAGUUUAUGUGUACCACUUUGUUUGACUA